AGUCUCCUGUAGCGGUCACUGGGGCGCGAAGACUGUUGUGUGGACGCUGCCUGACGAUGCUGUCCCGGGUGGUACUUUCUGCCGCCACCGCAGCAGCUCCCUCUCUGAAGAACGCAGCCCUCCUCGGUCCAGGGGUAUUGCAGGCAACAAGGAUCUUUCACAAAGGGCAGCCAAGUCUUGCCCCUGUACCACCUCUUCCUGAAUAUGGAGGAAAAGUUCGUUUUGGGCUGAUCCCUGAGGAAUUUUUCCAGUUCCUUUAUCCUAAAACCGGUGUAACAGGACCCUACGUGCUCGGAACUGGGCUUAUCUUAUAUUUACUCUCCAAAGAAAUAUAUGUGAUAACUGCAGAGACCUUCUCUGCCAUUUCAACAAUAGGGGUGCUUAUCUAUGUAAUUAAAAAAUAUGGUGCCUCUAUUGGGGAAUUUGCUGAUAAACUCAAUGAGCAAAAAAUUGCCGAACUGGAAGAAGUGAAACAGGCUACCAUCAAACAAAUCCAAGAUGCAAUUGAUCUGGAGAAGUCACAGCAGGCACUGGUUCAAAAGCGCCAUUACCUUUUUGAUGUCCAGAGGAAUAACAUUGCCAUGGCCUUGGAAGUUAGUUACCGGGAACGGCUGCAUAGAGUAUACAAGGAGGUGAAGAAUCGCCUGGACUAUCACAUCUCUGUGCAGAAUAUGAUGCGUCAAAAGGAACAAGAGCACAUGAUAAACUGGGUGGAGAAGAACGUGGUACAGAGCAUCUCUGCGCAGCAGGAGAAGGAGACAAUUGCCAAGUGCAUUGCAGAUCUAAAGCUGCUUGCAAAGAAGGCUCAAGCACAGCCAGCUCUGUAAAUGCAUCUGUCCCAAUUGAGACAGCUAGAAACAGUUGACUGACUAAAUGGAAACUAGUCUUUGUGACAAAAUCUUUCUGUAUUGCUCUCUACUGAAGUUAGUUUCCCUUUCCUAAAAAUGAAAAGUUUGAGUUUCAUAUAAUGAGAGAAUUAAAACAAUCUAUUGGCCAGUAAGAUGUUUCUCUCAUCCUUCUUGCUCUGCAUUUUGAGUUGUUCCAUGAUCACUUUUGAAUAAGCAGUUUGCUUUGAAUAAAAUUUGGUACCUGACUAAAAAUUGUCAAGUUAUAGUUUAAAUUUGAAUUAAUUCAACCAUCUUACAAUAAAGUGACGGUUGAAACAAAGUUUUUCAAGAUGCAUAAUUUUCUGAAAUGUUAUUUCAACAUUUAUUAUAUGGGUAAAAAUUAUGGGUCAUUGAGCUGAUAAUAUUGUUUAUAAAACUAUUAGUGGUAAGCUAUUUCUUGCUGACAGGUUAUGGGAAAUUUAAAACUUUUCAGUAUUCUUAAAAUAACUAAGGGAAAUCUUGUAUAGCAAAUUAUAUCAUUGACUUUAUUUUCAUUUUAGUAGUAUGUCAACAGAAAAUAUUAUGGACUCAGUGUGUCAUAAAAUCACUCUGAAGAAUCCAGCAGAUAAGUUAGAAAAUUCUGCCCUUCCAUUGGUUUGUCUAUAUUUAAUUCUCCCAUAUUUGUAUAAGGAUUUACUUGUAAACAAAUGGAUAACUUACAUAAUAGUUACGGAACUAUAGGAACUAAUAGGAAAUACUUGAAAAUACGUACCAUAUGGAUAAUUGCCAUUUUCAUUGACUUCCUAAGGUUUUAAUUAUGUAACAAUCAUUUAAGUCAGUAUUUAUUUAUUUAUUGAUGGCUAAUGUAUUCAUCUUAUAUAGAAAUCAGACUGAUAUCAUUAUUAAGAUGUUACUUAAAGGAGAUUUUGAUAGGGUUAGCAGAGGUGUUCCAGAUUAUUCAUUAUACAAAGAAUUGCUGUGCUAAGCACAAUCCUGCACUGGUCAUACAGAGAUAAAAAGUUCCUACCUCAGGGAGUUAAAUAUCUACUGGAAAGGCAGUAAGAAUAUGUGAUACAGUACAGAUUUUAGGUGUUUUGAGAGUGUAAUGACAAGCACCAUUUUAGGUAGUCUCAGUAACCUCAUCAUUUUCCUUGUAUAUAACUGUAUCAGUCAGCAUUCAGUCAGAGAAGCAGAACUACUAGGAUAUAUGUUUAUAGGUGAGGGAUUUGACUUUAUGCUGUCAUGGGAGCUGGUUAAGCAAUCUCUGUAAGCUCUUAAUCUUUGUUUCUGAUGAAAGAGCUUGACGUGCAUGGAGCAGGCAUUUAAGAAGGGAAGAUAGAUGUGAAGUGGGAGGGGGUAGGAACAAGUGGAAAUCACAAGCACAGACUGAAACCCUUGUCAAUUUGUAUUACCUCAGAUCUUCAUGGUAUGAUUGUCCUGCAAAACCCCAGGCCUUUCCUCACACACCUGGUCCAAAGGUUAGAGAAGCUGAAGGAUGACCCAGGGAAGGGUUGGGAAGUUAUAGGCCCAACUACAAUUGGUGAGUCAAGAGAUUAGCACCAGUAUGUAUAAGCCACAAAGUUGCUUCUUUGCAUUCGCAAAGGCAGCUAGGCUAGGCAUGAGGCUGUCGAGGUCCUCUGGCCAGUCACUUCAGAAUGAGAACAGUUUCAUCUGGGUCUCCUCAUAAGGCUACCAGAUCCAAGCAGAGACUGACAGUGUGCCCCAUAGUCCCCAGAACCAGGGAGCCGGAUGAAUUACAUCGUGUACUCAGGCAACACUUACAACAUGCUAUGGAUAGCCAACAUGAUGCUCUGCCACCUGGACAUUACUGCUACAGCCAGCUGUAGAGCAUAUGCUGCUCCUUUUGGACAAGGAUGUGCUGGAGGAGUUUGUUUACCUGUGCCCAAGGAGCAUGGUAUCACAACCCAAAGGGAAGCCAGUCAGGAAUGAGAAGGAGGUAAUAAGCUGAGCAGGUUUCCUAGAGACAAAACUCCACGGACUACAGCCCCAAAUCUCUACCUUCAGAAUACCAGAAAUUCAUUUCUAUGUGGUGGAUGUGGUUUGGUAUGUACAAAUUGGCUGCAUGGUAAUUGGUUGUGCAGUCUCAAGAGUAUCACAGUUAUUUUUUAAAUGUAUGGUAUGAAAAAGUUCAAUUGAUUUGAAGUAUUUUUGUAUUAGCAAAAGAAAUGGAUUACAUUUGUCAAUGAUAAAAGGGAAAUGUUGGAUUCUUUAGUUUUGUCAUAAAUUUUGUAAU